CAAUAUGUUGAUAAAUAAUGUUUCUAAAUAUUUUUAAUAGAGUAUAUUUGAUUCUAAAAUUAUUCUAUUAUUCAAUUUUAUCAAAAUAUCUAUUCAUAUCUAUCCAUAUUACUUUAUAAAAUCCCUAAUUCCUAAAUUCCUAAAAUCAAACUCAGAAACCCUAAUUUCCCAAAUUGAGAAACCCUAACCCUAAGGUUUCCCUUUCCUCAGCCAUUGAACGCAGCCUCUACCCCCUUUUCUUCCUAAACACCACACACACACAAAAGAAGAAAGAAACGCAGAGAGAGAGAGAGCACGAAGAGCAGAGGAAAGAGAGAGGGAGGAGCUCUUGCCCCGCCGUCGCCGUGACCGUUGCACUGCCACUGUUCCAUUCCGCUCGUGCUGCCGCGCGUUCUGUCAUCAUCAGUCAUCGUCGUCGUUUGUGGAGCCGCGAGGAGCUCGCCGUCGAGCUGCUUUGCUGCGCCGUCCCGUCCAUAGAGCCGAGCCCGAGCCCGCUUCGUCACCGCCGUCGGGGUCUUCAUCGUCGCUGGUGCGGUCGGAGCUGCCGUUGUUGGAGAGAGAGUAAGCGUGAAUCUGAGAAGGGGAGAGAGAGAGAGAUACGACGCAACAGAGGAGGAAAGGAGAAGUCUUCUGUCAUCAACGCCACGCCUCUUCACCACCGCCGCCGCCGGAAUUCCUGGUCGCCGUCGUCGUUCAUGACGUAUGCUCUGCUCUCUGGUUUCUGUUUUUCCGAUUACCAGAGCUGCUGUUCCAUUCCUGUAUUUCUUUUGAGUUGUGGGUGAUGCCGCUGCCGUUCCAGUUGUAUUGGAGUGACUACCUGCCACAAAUUGGGGAUAAAGGAAAUUGUUACGUUAAAUAAUACGGUUCCGGCUAAUUGAGUGACACAGGUUCGAAGACUCCGUUUGAAGCUGCGGGAGAUUAUGUAAUUUACUUAUGAGUUAAGUUACUUCCAUAGAAGUUCCCUCGCUCUUAUUGCUUAACAUUUUUAUUUUAUACAGAGGGAUAGGAUAUGUGUGUGAGUUUUAUUUGAAAUCUUAUGUAUGACAUAUUAUUAUUAAUAAUUAUGUGAUUAUUAUUACUUGGUGAUGUUUGCUAUAUGAUUUUAAUUAUGAUAACAAGAUUUUCUGGUAUUUUUACUAAAACAAAAUCGCGAUAUCGAACUAAAGGCUCAAUAGUAAAUAGUUAAUAAAGGGAAGCAGAUUGGUAACACCUUACUUUCGGUACGAUCAUGACGUUCUAGAAGUUGGGUCGUUACAUUAAUUGAGUAAGCUUAGAGUGGAAGUCCAAACCUUCAGACAGAAGGAAGGUGAAUCCCUCUAUGAAGCUUGGGAAAGAUACAAACAAUUGAUCAGAAAAUGUCCCUCUGACAUGCUUUCUGAAUGGAGCAUCAUAGGUAUUUUCUAUGAUGGUCUCUCUGAACUAUCCAAGAUGUCUUUGGAUAGCUCUGCUGGAGGAUCUCUUCAUCUGAAGAGGACGCCUACAGAAGCUCAAGAGCUAAUUGAAAUGGUUGCAAAUAACCAAUUCAUGUACACUUCUGAAAGGAAUCCUGUGAACAAUUGGACAAGUCAGAAGAAAGGAGUUCUUGAGAUUGAUACUCUGAAUGCCAUUCUGGCUCAGAAUAAAAUAUUGACUCAACAAGUCAAUUUGAUUUCUCAAAGUCUGUCUGGAAUGCAAAAUGCACCAAGCAGUACUAAGGAUGCUUCAUCUGAAGAAGAAGCUUAUGAUCCUGAGAACCCUUCAAUGGAAGAGAUGAAUUACCUAGGAGAACCCUAUGGAAACACCUAUAAUUCUUCAUGGAGAAAUCAUCCAAAUUUCUCAUGGAAGGAUCAACAGAGACCUCAACAAGGUUUCAACAACAAUAAUGGUGGAAGAAACAGGUUUAGCAAUGGCAAGUCUUUUCCAUCAUCUUCUCAGCAACAGACAGAGAAUUCUAAGCAGAACACCUCUGACUUAGCAACCAUGGUCUCUGAUCUAAUCAAAACCACUCAAAGUUUCAUGACUGAAACAAGGUCCUCCAUUAGGAAUUUGGAGGCACAAGUGGGUCAGCUGAGCAAGAAAAUCACUGAACUCCCUCCUAGUACUCUUCCAAGCAAUACAGAAGAAAAUCCAAAAGGAGAGUGCAAGGCCAUCAACAUGGCCAAAUUUGGAGAGGAAGGAGAGGAAGUGAACGCCACUGAGGAAGACCUCAAUGGGCGUGCACUGACCUCCAAUGAGUUCCCUAAUGAGGAACCAUGGGAAUCUGAGGCUCAAAAUGAGACCAUAGAGAUUCCAUUGGACUUACUUCUGCCUUUCAUGAGCUCUGAUGAGUAUUCAUCCUCUGAAGAGGAUGAGUAUGUCACUGAAGCGCAAGUUGCUAAAUACCUUGGAGCAAUCAUGAAGCUAAAUGACAAGUUAUUUGGUAAUGAGACUUGGGAAGAUGAAUCCCCUUUGCUCACCAAAGAACUGGAUGACUUGUCUAGGCAGAAAUUACCUCAAAAGAGACAAGAUCUUGGGAAGUUUUCAAUACCUUGUACCAUAGGCACCAUGACCUUCAAGAAGGCUCUGUGUGACUUAGGGUCAAGUGUAAACCUCAUGCCUCUCUCUGUAAUGGAGAAGCUAGGGAUCUUUGAGGUACAAGCUGCAAGAAUCUCACUGGAGAUAGCAGACAAUUCAAGAAAACAAGCUUAUGGACUUGUAGAGGGUGUUUUGGUAAAGAUUGAAAACCAUUACAUCCCUGCUGAUUUCAUAGUCCUAGAGACUGGGAAGUGCAUGGAUGAAUCCAUCAUCCUUGGCAGACCUUUCCUAGCCACAGCAAAGACUGUGAUUGAUGUUGAUAGAGGCGAACUGAUCAUUCAAGUGAAUGAAGAAUCCUUUGUGUUUAAGGCUCAAGGAUAUCCCUCUGUCACCAUGGAGAGGAAGCAUGAAGAGCUUCUCUCAAAACAGAGUCAAACAGAGCCCCCACAGUCAAACUCUAAGUUUGGUGUUGGGAGGCCACAACCAAACUCUAAGUUUGGUGUUGAACCCCCACAUUCAAACUCUAAGUUUGGUGUUGGGAGGUUCCAACAUUACUCUGAGAAAAUGUGAGGUUCCAUGAGAGCCCUCUGUCAAGCUACUGACAUUAAAGAAGCGCUUGUUGGGAGGCAACCCAAUGUUAUAUUUUACAUAUUUUCUUUUGUUAUUUUAUGUUUUUUGUAGGUUGAUGAUCAUAAGAAGUCACAAAAUCAAUUGAAAAAGCAAAAACAGAAUGAAAAACAGGAAGAAAAACAGCACACCCUGGAGGAAGAACCUACUGGCGUUUAAACGUAGUAAGGCUAGCAGGUGGGCGUUUAACGCCCAGUCUGGCACCAUUCUGGGCGUUUAACGCCAGAAAGGGGCACCAGACUGGCGUUAAACACCA